AUGCUCCUCUUGCCCGUCCUCGUUGCCCUCGCCGCGUGCGCGAACGCGGCUAAGCCCGUGGGCAGGCAGGUCUGCGUGGCGUCGUGCUACUACUCGCUCCUGCGGCCCAGGUUCGCCGGCACGGGUGACAAAGACCAGGCCGCCUGCGCAAACGAGCUCCGCGUGCGGUCGACCUACUACUGCGUCGUGGCCCACUGCGCCGAGGAGGACGUCGAGCCCGGAAUCGGCUGGUGGCAGGGCGCGUGUAAAAACUCCUCCCGGACGGUCAGCCUGGCUGAGUAUCACGAGGCCAGCAGCAACGUCAGCGCCGGCUUCCUCGCGUCCCUGCCGACGGUCGAGCUGGCGCAGAAGGACUUGGUGCCCGGGGUGGCUCUGCCGUCUGCCCGGAGCUGGGCGGUGGUGUAUCGCUCCACGGCUACGUACAGCCAUAUGCGGGAUUACCACAACGCCGUCAGGUGGACUUGCUACGGGUUCUGGGCCCUCGUGCUGCUCGCCGGCAUGGCCGCCCGGAUGCGCCCGCUCGUCCGGCGCGCUCUCCCGCGGCACCAGCUGCUGCAUCGGAUGAAAAGAGCCACGAGAUACAAACAAUUCAUGCUUCGAGGCCAGCCCCGCGCCACAGUCAUCGCGCUCUAUAUAACCGUCCACAUCGCAGCAAGUGCGGCCCAUUACCCCCUUUACGACGAAAACUACUACUAUUCGAGCAAAAAGGUCCAAGCUCUUCGCUACUUUGCCGACCGCCUCGGCAGCCUCAUGUCUGCCAGUCUGCCCUGGGUCUUCCUGUUCGGCAGCAGAUCCAACCCGCUGGUCUACAUGACGGGCUGGAGCUAUGCAACCUUUAGCUUCUUCCACCGCUGGGUGGCCAUCGUCCUGGCUGUAGAGGGCGUUCUUCACGGCGCCGUGUUUUGCGCCUUUUACGUCUGUGACAAGGGCUGGGAUUACCUGCAGUCGCAACUGCGCCAAGAUAAGACUCUUCUUUACGGCAUAUUGACAAUUGCGGCCAUGGUGUUGUCGACCGUCUUUGCUCUCGGCCUCAGAAGCCGUUACUAUGAAGCCUUCAAGCUCGCGCACAUAGCUCUGUCGGCAGUGGCCCUGGCCGCGUUUUACGAGCAUAUCAAAACCCAGUUUGGCGGAGCAUACCGCGUCUGGGCGUGGACAUGCGUCGCCAUCUGGGCCUCCGACUACCUCCUUCGGAUCGCGCGCAUCGUCAUCCUCAACCACAAGCUCCUGACGGGCGGCCACACUCCUGCCGUCGCCAGCUUCGCCCCCGAGACCGGCAUGAUCCGGCUGCAAGUCCAUCCCUCCGCUAUCCCCGCCCGCCAGAACCCCGGCCAGCACUACUUCCUCUCGUUUGGCCGCCGCCCAUGGGAGAGCCACCCUUUCAGCCUUGCCGGUUGGUCGUCAGCAACGCCGCAUGCCGGCGAAAAGAGCAGCGACGCGGGACUCCGCGCAGGCAGCCCGGCGAGCCUGACGUUCAUGAUCCGGCCCAGGCACGGAAUCACCAAGCGGUUGCGCGAGCAGCUUGAAAACGCCGCCGGCAAGUGCAGGCCGACCGUUGUGCUGGAGGGCCCGUACGGCGCCGAAGCCAACUUCGGGCAGUACGCCAGCGUGCUCUUCAUCGCUGGCGGGAGCGGCAUCACCGCCGUCCUGCCGUACGUUCGGGGGCUCGUGGACCGACGGAUGGGGCCGCGCGCCAGGCUGGUCUGGGCGGUUCCCCAGGAGGCAUUCGCAAGGGAGGUGCUGGCGAAUGAUGCCCAGUGGGCGGAGAGCUCGCCGCAUGCUGAGGGGAGAUUCGCCCUGGAGGUGUACAUUACUGGGUCGGGGGGGCCACUGCCGGCAGAUUCGACGCACGCGGAGGGAUACGGGCCGGAUGCCAGGUUCAGGUACGCCCGGCCGAGUAUUGAUGCCGUUGUGCGCGCGUUUGUCGAGGGUAGUGGUCCCACGGCAGCAGUGGUUGUCUGCGGACCGGAUGGCAUGGCGGACGAGGCUCGUGGCUGCGUCAUUCGGUACAGCAAGGCGAGCACAGCCGAUGUUGCGUUUACGCAGGUCGUGUAUAGGUGGUAG